UGAGACGACGUAAGACAUAUUGACUGUUGCCACUAGAGGGCAGUUUAUAAAACUAAAUGCAACACUUUCAAAUGAAACCACAACAUCAUCACUCUAAUUAAACGAAUCUUCGAAAAAACAAAAUUUGAUGAGAAGCUUUUCUUCUCAUCGAAUCACUAGUUCUGUAAUUUUCCGACUAUAAGCCGCUACUUUUUUCCUUUAUUUUGAAUCCUGCAAAUUAUUUUCCAGUGUGCUUUAAUUUUUUUUUAUUUGCGUUAAUAAGUAACACUUUAUUUCACUACAGCGUCAUAAGACCGUCAUAAAUAUGACAUGACACGGUCAUAGUGAUUACUGAACGCUUAUGACAUACGUCAUUCAGUGUCAUCCGGCAAAUUAUGUCGCUCACUCCAUUUAUGUCCAGCUCAGAUGUUUUAUAUCCAUUCAAAAGUGAGAUCUUUUACUUGAUAACACUAAAUGACGUCUUUUAUAAGCAUUAAUAAAUGCUCAUGACAAGGCCAUAUCAUAAUUAUGAUUGUCUAAUGACAGUCUUAAGGCACCACUGUCAAAUAAAGUGUUGCCAAAUUCAAUAACUAGCAAUUAAUGAAACAACGGGAACAGUAACUGAAGAACUAAUUAGCACAGAACAUGAAUUUUGAUUGUUGUUUACAUCUGUAGCACUGCAAUGCAUGCUAGGAGGCAUGUUGGACAACAACAGUGUUGACAGCAGGUGGCAGCAGAGGUUGACUGUCUCCCCCAACAGAGCAGUGAUGGAAAAAUGAAGCUUCUUGAAGCAAUGAAGCUUUGCAGCCAAUCGGUUCAAAGUUUCAUGGUGGUUCAUUUGGUCUUAAGACAGUUGUAUAAUGCUGCUGUCAAAUAAAGUGUGACCGGUUAAUAUCUUAUGGUGCAAAUAUCCCAUAAUUCAGUGAGGACAGCUGCGGCUUAUAGCAGCACUACAAUCGCGUACUGUUGAAUUUUAAAAGUAUGGCGUGCUUACCAAUAAAACAAAGCGUUUAGGUGCAGGACAUCUGGCUACAAAUGCUAAGCAGUAGCGCUUUUUAACCCUAAGGAAGCCCAAGUGAACCAACCUGUGUUUCCAAAGACAAUAGCAAAUGCAGUAAUUGAUUCCCAGCAGGAUACAUUAGACUUAUAGUCAUUAGUCUGCGUCUACUGCAUAGACGGUUUUGUAUGCGAAACACAGGCCACCAUUUUCUUUGAGAACCUCACAUUAUAAAGCAACUGUACCGGUACUGAAAAUGUCAAGACACGACAACAAAACACAAUAUUUUCCUCCAUCUUUGACAGUAAAAUGAGCAUUUUCAACACCCGCGUUAGGCUGCUGACAAAUGAACUUGACCAGGGUUAACCACAGUCAGUGUAAAUAAAAGGCAGCCAUCCAGUGGUCACACACUGUGGCCCGAUAGUCCCUCAGUCUGCUGGCAACCCGCACGCCAGGCGGGAUCAAUGGUCACUUCACAACUCAUUUCCUUUUACGCCUCCCUAACUGCCCUGCUUUAGCGCCGUGAAAUAAAUGGCUACUGGAUCUAUAAGGCCACUCACACAACAAUUACGUGCACACCCGCAUAGUCUGAAGAGACUGAGCCAAUAGUUUGAGCUCAAUACCCUCCACGUAAUUUAUUUGCCUGGGCGGUGAAAGGAGCAUCAUCUUUAGUGGCGCGGCAAUCGAAAACAGGCAUUCUGUCAUUGUUUGUUGCCACUCCCCUCUUGUUGGCUUAAAGUCAGUACCGGUCGUUAAUACGGUAGGAUGGAGUGUUAUUGUCGAGCAAAAAAAACACACGAUGCACUGCCUGCUUUUCCCUGAACGAUUCCUUCCCUCGAACCCCCCUCCCCAUCGAACCCCAAGUGGCUUACAGUCAUUUGAUAGGCCACGGCACCACUAUCCAUUUAACAGAGCUUAAAAAAUCCUACAUAUGCAUAUGGCGGGGUGUCUUAAGCUGACAAGCAAAAGACAGGAUUUGCUAGAAGGCAGCUUUGGAGUGUUGUGAAUUUAACAAGCAUGUCUAGUAUUACAGUUCCUCUCCGCUUUAGCCAUGAAUAGUAACAAAUCAGUCUCCGAAACGCUUGCCCGACGGUUUGUUGUGUAUACCCCUGCAACCCUCCCACCUCUCGACUCUUGCUCCUCCGACAAAUAUUAAAAUGACUUCAAAUCUGGCUAAGAAGGCGACUUGCAAGGAGUGGGAGCAUCGUUAAUGAUAUCGGUGUGCUCUUUAUCUAACGCGCCCAGGAUCUCGUCUCAAAAAUUCCAGGCCCUACAAGCGGCGAGGCAAUUACUCUUGCAGCAGCCAGGCUGUGGCCUGAAAUCUCCAAAGAGUCAGGACAAGCAGCGUCCACUGCAGGUUCCAGUCUCAGUGGCCAUGAUGAGUCCCCAGGUGAUCACGCCACAACAGAUGCAGCAGAUCCUUCAGCAGCAGGUGCUCUCCCCCCAGCAGCUUCAGGCCCUCCUCCAGCAACAGCAGGCGGUCAUGCUGCAGCAGCAACACCUGCAGGAGUUUUAUAAGAAACAGCAGGAGCAGCUUCACCUUCAGCUUCUCCAGCAGCAACACCCCGGCAAGCAGGCAAAAGAGCAACAGCAGCAGCAGCAGCAGCUGGCUGCCCAGCAGCUCGUCUUCCAGCAGCAGCUCCUCCAGAUGCAGCAGCUCCAGCAGCAGCAACACCUGCUCAACAUGCAGCGGCAAGGCCUGCUCUCCCUGCCCGGGCCCGCCCCCGGCCAAGCCGCCCUGCCCGGGCAAACUCUGCCUCCGCCAGCCGGCCUGAGCCCGGCAGAGCUCCAGCAGCUAUGGAAAGACGUGACCGGAGGCGGCGGAGGUGGCGGCGGCCAUGCUAUGGAAGACAACGGUAUGAAACACAGCAGCGUUGGUGUCAACAACAAUGGUGUCACCAGCGGCCUCGACCUCUCCACCAACAACCACAUCAGCAACAACAGCAACUCUUCGUCGACUACCUCCUCCAACCCGCCCAAAGCGUCCCCGCCCAUCUCGCACCAUUCCAUCGCCAACGGACAGUCCCCUGUGCUCAACCACAGACGAGAAAGAGAGCGGGAAAGGGAGCGAGAGAGCUCACAGCAUGAAGAAAAUGGCGGCUCCCAUCCCUUGUACGGCCACGGCGUGUGCAAGUGGCCCGGUUGCGAGAGCAUCUGCGAGGACUUCGGACAGUUUUUAAAGCACCUAAACAACGAACACGCCCUGGACGACCGAAGCACGGCCCAGUGUCGGGUGCAGAUGCAAGUUGUACAGCAGCUGGAAAUCCAACUUUCGAAAGAGCGCGAGCGUCUUCAGGCCAUGAUGACCCACUUGCACAUGCGGCCCUCCGAACCCAAGUCAUCUCCCAAACCACUCAACUUGGUCUCCAGCGUCACCAUGUCCAAGAACUUGCCGUCAGCGUCGCCCCCUAACUUACCACAGACGCCCACCACACCCACAGCACCCAUCACCCCCAUGGCGGCCAUGCCCCAGGUCCCUUCGGUGCUCGGCGGCGCCAACGUGCCCAGCAUGGGAGCCAUGCGCCGACGCCACUCGGACAAAUACUCCAUGCCUCUGUCGUCGGGUGGUGACACAGUAUUUAUUUUUCCAGAGAUUGCCCCAAACUACGAGUUUUAUAAGAAUGCAGAUGUCAGACCACCGUUUACUUAUGCAACCCUUAUAAGACAGGCGAUCAUGGACUCGUCCGACAUGCAGUUAACGCUUAAUGAAAUCUACAGCUGGUUCACGCGCACGUUUGCCUACUUCAGACGCAAUGCCGCCACUUGGAAGAACGCCGUGCGUCACAACCUGAGCCUGCACAAGUGCUUUGUGCGCGUGGAGAACGUGAAAGGCGCCGUGUGGACGGUGGACGAGGUGGAAUACCAGAAACGUCGGUCGCAGAAGAUCACAGGAAGCCCAUCACUCGUCAAGAACCUUCCCUCCAGUCUGGGAUACGGCUCUGCACUAAACGCCAGCCUACAGGCUGCCUUGGCAGAGACCACCCUCCCCCUACUGGGGACCCCGGGCCUAAUUAACAGCGGUUCCAUGGGCGGCGGCUGCCACGGCCUCCUGGGUGGCGACCCGUCCGGCCUGAUGGGCGGAAGUCCUCCCGGGCUGCUAGGCGGCAGCCCGCCGGGGCUCCUCGGCAUCAGCCCGCCUGGCACGCUGAGCUGUAGCCCACCUACCCUCCUGCAGUCGGCCCACGACGACAUCAACGGCGCUUUGGACCACCUGGACACCAACGGACACGGCAGCCCCGGGUACUCCCCGCCGGGACACAUGCUGCCCGUCCACGUCAAGGAGGAACCUCCAAACAUGGACGACGACGACUGUCCCAUGUCUCUGGUGACGACAGCCAAUCACAGUCCAGAGCUGGACGACGACCGGGAGCUGGAGGAAGGGAACUUAUCAGAAGACUUAGAGUGAUUUUCCUUUUUCUAAAGGUGUUUUUUUUUUUUUUUUUUUUUUUUGUUCCUUUCCGGACUCGGAAAAAGAACCACUCCACAAAGUUCACGCAAACUGCCGCCCCACUCUUAACUUUUGGUUUCUCCCUCUAUUUCUCUUUCGCACCACUGGGACUAUUUAUUGCGCAUGCAUCCAAAGGAACUCUCAGCUGCAGCCCUUUGGGAUCCCGAACUCGGAACACGUCAGGCAUGAGAUGCCCGCGUGGAAAAAAAAAAAAUUCAAGAUGGCGUGGCCACUAAGGAGGGACAACACAAAAAUUCUGCCAAAAAUGAAAAAAAAAAAAAAAAAAAAGGACCAUUUUGUUUGUGAAUAAGCCGAGCCACAUUAGUUGUUGAUGUCUAGAGACGAUUGCUGAUUCAACUCAGUCUGUUGUGUCACCGCUUGUACGUCGCGACUAUUUUUUCCCCCCCAGCUUUUCUCAUCGUAGACACCGACUGUAAAUGCCAUUCCCUCGAUCGCAACCAAAACUGCGGUACAGUUAGGACGCAAAUUAAAAAGCCACUCUGGAAAGCAGCAACCUUCUGAAAGCUUUGUCUACCUGCAAGCAGUCACAGGCAAUAGCUAGAAACCAAAGCCCACGCGAGCGUAUUGACAGAAGACGCCAAACUCAGCUACUUUGACCAAGAUGAAGCUUUCAAAAACUACCUUCGACUAACCUCUGGGAUUGCUCCUCAAAGACCGGAUCUUCUAGUACCGCAGAUUUCUAAACAAAAAAAAAGCUGCAGGCCAGAGAGGAGUUCAAUAUCAAAGUGGAUCAUGACCAAAACAUUUGUGUAGAGUGUAGAGUCAUUUUCUUUUUGAAAUGUUUUUAAGUUCAACAAGCUGGUGAAUAUAUAUUGUUCUAAACGGCACUGUCACGUCACCACUGAACCACCGACGAACCAAACUAGACGAAAUAUCUAGCAAAGCCAAAUAGUAUUCAAGUGGAAAUGGAUGUGGCUUGGUUACCAACUGAAGAGCAAAUAUUACGACUUAAUAGCCAUGUCACGUUCUUUAUCUACUGUAUCUGGAUGGAUGGAUGCGCUUACAAAAGUGUUGUUGCUUUAAGUCCAACCUACGUUUCUGGGGUCAGGAAACCAAAGUUGGACAAAUUCUGUCUCCAAAAAAAACGGAUCUCAUGAGAACUUUAGGAGAAUGUUGCAUUUUAACUGAAGUUCUGAAAAUAGCAAGCGCUUUUUGCUAGUCGUCAACGAAUUGGAUCAAAUAUAGAACAACUUGGAAAGCUUUUGAUAGGUUUUUUUUUUUUGUGGACAAUAUUGCCAUAAUUUUCAGACUAUAAGCCGCCACCCACUAAUUUUUUUUACGAAAACGCCAUUUGUUCAUAGAUAGCCGCACUGGACUAUAAGCCGCAACUGUGUUAUGGGAUAUUCACACCAAAGAUAGUAACCAAUAACACUUUACUUGACAGAGGCAUCAAAAGACUGCCAUAAGACCAAAUGAACCACCAUGAAGCUUUGAACCAAUUUGUUGAACCAGCAUGAAGCUUUGCAGCCAAUUGGCUGAACCUCCAUGAAAGAUUUCAUCCAAGAAAUAAUAAGCACAGAUCAUGAAUUUUGAUUGUUAUUUACAACUGUAGCGC